AUGUCCAGCGAUUCCGAAGAAGAAGGAAUUGAGGUGGUUGGCAAUGUCGAACCGUAUGAAGACGAACCUGUGGCAAGUGACGAUGGCGACCAUGAAGACGAGGAAGACGAAGUAGAUGCCGAUGGAUUAACUCCAGCAGUUUUAGAGGCGAGAUUCGAGCGGCAAAUAGCAAUUCGUGAAUGGUGCGAAUGUCAACACUGCAGCGACCUUCAAUUAGUUAGUGCUCUCGAGUUUCGUUGCUGUCGUGAAGUUCUUGUCGCGAGGGCAAAGCUAACUUUCGAUGGAUCAAUUGAAAGAUUGAGUUGCCUCACCCAACACGAGGACUACGAGGCCCUUACCAACAGAACUGUUCUGUUGCAAGUUGCACCCUUCUUGCGGGAUAAGAAUGGAAGAAGCUACAGGCGACGAACUGACGUGACUGAAAACGAGUUCGUAAGAAGUGUUGCUUACAGAUGGCUUGUACGGUGGAUGUGUGGAUAUAUGGGCUGGGAUAACAUAAGACCAUUACCAGCUUGUGUCUAUUAUAACCUGAGGACCAAGUAUCCAUCACACAACUCAAGAGGAUAUGCCACUUCUCAGGAACGAGAAUACACUGUGCCUCCUUUUCCUAUGAAGAAUUUUUGUGAAAUUCGUGCAAAAUAUCAAUCAUUCCUACAAGUACACAGAAAUAGUGCCAAGUUUCCUUCACUAUAGUCAUACCCAUAACUGACUGAUGUGUGGUACAUCUAUUCAUGUAGGUCAUGUGUAUGACUCAUGUCGAGAGAACAUUAAAAUUCAUUGCAAGCA